GCAAACUUUGGUAAUUGCAGUUAGCACCUGCAGGAUAAUAUCCGCGAGCAAGCAGUUGUUUUUGUUGUUUAAUAUUCGUUGUUGCGUUUCGUGUUUUCGAAAAACACUUUACCAGUUGUUCCACUAUCAGCAAUGGGAAGAUAGCUCGAUAAAGCAACAACCUACUUACCUACGUACUACCAACCUACCUAUACCUUCCCUACCUUGUCUCGGUCUAUCUAGCCUUGAUCUCAUAUCAAUUGAGAUAUAGCGCCGGAUUUUACAAUGUUCAUACUGACCAAGAUUGCGGACUUGGUCCAAAUCAAGCCGGCUCAGUUCGCCAAACUGAGCAUCGAUGCCAUAGAAGACAAUUUAAACGAGAAAUACUGCAACAAAGUUAUUCAAAAAGUGGGACUCUGCAUUUGCAUGUACGAUCUGUUAUGGGCCUCCGAGGGUCUCAUAGGUCAUGGUGACGGUCUCGUGAAUGUCAACGUCGAGUGCCGAUUGGUCAUCUUCAGGCCAUUUAAGGGAGAGGUUCUGUUCGGAAGGAUAAGUCGAUGUGUUAAAGAUGGCAUACACUUGCGCACCGACUUCUUUGAUGACAUAUUUGUCCCCUUUGACGAGCUGCCCGAGGGAGCAACGUUCGACCAUGACCAGUCUCUCUGGGUAUGGCAUGUGGAGGACCAAGAAAUGUACUAUGACAUCCACGAAAUGGUCCGAUUUCGCGUAAGCUCCGAGGAGUGGCAAGACCAAACUCCCACAAAACCUAUCGAGGGCAGUGAGCUUCCGGAGAAGAAGCCCCCUUACCGUAUCACGGGUACCAUGAAGGAAGAGGGCCUGGGUGUAUGCCUUUGGUGGGGCGAUGAUGGUGGUGGCGUGGUGGAGGAAGAGAAAGUUGAAAAUGGCGAUAUGGAGGUAGAUGAAUAACUGCGCCGGCUGCUGUGUGUGGAAUCGAAGAUGUGAACCAGUUUUUUUCAAGCCCUCAUGUAUCACGCGCCAAGUCUUUCCAGCAGCCUGUCCUCCACGUCAUCAAGAACUGAGUAGUGCUCGAUGACAGCAAGGUUCUCGGCCUCGGCCAGGAACUGCUUGUCCGGAUCGACACCUGGUCCGAACAUCUGAGGGGCUUGAGGACCCAUCUGGCCCAUCUGCUGAGCCAUUUGGUUGGCGGCUGAUAGACGAGGCUUGUAUCAACAACUAAAUACGCUGACUUCGAGCAACAUAUUGAGUAGAUGAAGGAGGCUAAACAAAGAAAGCAAACUCACCAUUGUCGCUGCC